AUGCAGCCAGAACUUGUGAAGGAGUUACAAACCGCACUUGAUGCGGCUAAAUCUCGAUAUAUUGCAUCAAAUCCUCGAUCAAAUGCAUUCCACGAAGAGGCCGUCAAUGUCAUGCCCGGCGGCAAUACAAGGACUAUACUUCACACAGAUCCCUUUCCUAUAUACAUGAAACAUGGGAAAUCAUAUCAAGUAACUUCGGAAGACGGCAUUACCUAUACGGAUAUGGCUGGGGAGUUUACGGCGGCUCUAUACGGUCACUCCAACCCAGUGAUUCUCUCUGCUAUGAAUGAUGUAUUGCAAAAUGUUGGAAUGAACAUUGGAGCUACUACAGCUCAGGAAAGAUUGUUUACUAGUGAAAUCUGCAAACGGUUUCAAUUGGAACGAAUGAGGUUUACAAAUUCCGGCACGGAGGCUAAUCUACAUGCUCUAGCAGCGGCAAGGAAAUUCACUGGAAAGAGGAAGGUUGUUACCUUUAGUGGAGGCUAUCAUGGCGCCGUUUUGAUGUUUUCUGGUGGCAGGCCUGCUUCAAAUAAUGUUGACAUGGACGAUUGGAUUGUGGUGAAAUACAACGAUCUUGAUGCUGCCAAGGAAGCCAUUCGUAGUCCCGGAGUUGCUGCUGUUCUAGUUGAAGGAAUGCAGGGUGCUAAUGGGAGUAUUUGUGGAACGUCGGAGUUUUUACAAGGCAUUCAGCAAGCUUCAUCGGAGGUUGGCGUACUCUUUAUUCUUGACGAAGUCAUGACCUCUCGCAUAUCAGCGGGCGGCCUCGCUGCCCUACGAGGCCUGAAGCCAGACCUCAAAACCUUUGGGAAAUACCUGGGCGGAGGGCUGGCAUUCGGCUCCUUUGGCGGUAGAGCGGAUGUCAUGGCGGCAUUCGAUCCUCGAUUGAACGGAUACAUCUCUCACUCAGGGACAUUCAAUAAUAAUACCCUUGUCACCCACGUCGGUCAUGUUGGUUUAACCAAGGUAUUUACACCGGAGGUAGCACGAAGUUUCACCGAGGUUGGGGAUAAGUUCAGAGAGAAACUUAAUGAGGUGACUAAGGGUACUAGAAUCUACUUCACUGGCGUAGGGACUGUUGCUACAGCGCAUUUUCUUGCAAAGGGUACUCGGUAUAUUGAAUGUGCAGAUGAUGUUGAAGAGAUAUCGGAGCUAAGAACUCUAUUUUGGUUUGAAAUGCUCGACCUGGGUUUCUGGGUUACUUUACGCGGUUUCAUAGCUUUGAUCCUGGAAACACCUCCAUCCGAGUUAGAGAGAUUUGUGCAAGCUGUACAGAGUUUCAUCUCAAAGCAUCAAAAUCUCGUGGCAUUAGAUGCGUGA